CCGGCAGCCGCACUUCCGGGCGGGUAGGUAGGGACGGGCCGGGUUGAGGCGAAGCCGCUGCAGGGACCGCGGAUGGCGCGGGGUCCCCCGGGAGGAGCGGGGCGGGAAGUACCGGUAUAUUUUCAUUUGUGGCGGUAAAAUAAUAACUUACCGCCCUCAUUUCUGCGCCCACGGAGCUCCCUCAGGUGGGAGUAUGAGCGAGUUCCGCAUUCACCACGAUGUCAACGAGUUGCUCAGCCUGCUGCGCGUACAUGGCGGGGAAGGAGCCGAAGUCUACAUCGAUCUUCUGCAGAAGAAUCGAACGCCGUACGUUACCACCACUGUCUCUGCACACAGCGCCAAGGUCAAAAUAGCAGAGUUUUCUCGAACUCCUGAAGAUUUUUUGAAGAAGUAUGAUGAGCUGAAGUCUAAAAAUACAAGACAUCUAGAUUCUUUAGUUUAUCUACUGUCAAAACUCACAGAAGACAAAGAGACACUCCAGUAUUUGCAACAAAAUGCUAAAGAAAGGGCAGAACUUGCAGCAAGUGCAGCAACCAGCGGCAGCACAAAUUUUUCCAUUCCCUCGUCUACUUCCAAGAUCUCUCUGCAGGAGCUGGAGGAGCUACGCAAGCAGCUGGGCAGCGUCGCAGCCAGCGCCAGCCUACAGCAGCCUCUUGAGCUUACACGAAAAAUCCUCCGAGAUAAGCAGAACAAGAAGAAUUCUGGUCAGCCUAUUCCAGUAUUUCCUUCCUGGGUGUACGAGAGACCAGCACUUAUUGGAGAUUUCUUAAUUGGCACCAGUUUAAGCACUGACACAACGGUACCUAUAGGUACUUUGCCAUUAGCCUCCCAAGAAUCCAUGAUUGUGGAGGACUUGUUGUACGUUCUGAUUGGCGUGGAUGGAAGAUACAUCACAGCGCAGCCUCUCGUAGGCAGGCAGAACCGAGCAUUUUCAGUUGAUCCAAACUUGGACUUGUCCAUCAAAGAGCUGGUGACCAGGAUUCUUCCUGUAGCAGCAAGUUACUCUGCUGUCACCAGGUUUGUAGAGGAGAAGUCUUCCUUUGAGUACGGACAGGUAAAUCAUGCUCUGGCUGCUGCUAUGCGGACUCUGAUCAAAGAAUACAUGAUACUUAUUACCCAGCUGGAACAUCUUCAGAGACAGGGACUUCUGUCACUGCAGAAACUCUGGUUUUAUAUCCAGCCCACAAUGAGGACACUGGAGAUUCUUGCUUCACUGGCUACAUCUGUGGAUAAAGGGGAGUGUAUGGGAGGAUCAACCCUGAGCUUACUCCAUGACAAGACUUUCAAUUACACGGGAGACAGCCAGGCCCAGGAGCUGUGCCUGUACUUAACCAAGGCAGCCAGCGUGCCUUAUUUUGAAAUUCUGGAAAAGUGGAUAUAUCGAGGCAUCAUUAAUGAUCCAUACAGUGAGUUCAUGGUGGAGGAACAUGAGCUGCAGAAGGAGAAGAUUCAGGAGGACUAUAACGACAAGUAUUGGGACCAAAGAUACACCGUUGUUCAGCAACAGAUUCCCUCAUUCUUGCAGAAAAUGGCUGACAAAAUACUAAGCACAGGGAAAUAUUUAAACGUUGUGCGAGAAUGUGGACGUGAUGUUACCUGCCCUGUAGCUAAAGAGGUCAUCUAUACUUUAAAAGAGCGAGCGUAUGUGGAACAAAUAGAAAAAGCUUAUAACUAUGCUAGCAAAGUUCUUCUGGAUUUCCUAAUGGAGGAGAAAGAGCUGGUGGCUCACCUAAGAUCUAUAAAACACUAUUUCCUGAUGGAUCAAGGGGACUUUUUUGUUCACUUCAUGGAUCUCACGGAAGAAGAACUUAAGAAGCCUGUAGACGACAUCAUAACUACGAGGCUAGAGGCUCUGCUUGAGUUAGCCCUGCGAAUGAGCACAGCCAACACAGAUCCCUUCAAGGACGAUUUAAAGAUUGACUUAAUGCCCCAUGAUCUGAUUACGCAGCUCUUGAGAGUGUUGGCCAUAGAAACAAAGCAGGAGAAGGCCAUCAUCAGUGCAGAUCCCACAGAGCUCACUCUCAGUGGUCUGGAAGCAUUUUCCUUUGACUACAUUGUGAAAUGGCCUCUGUCCCUUAUAAUAAACAGGAAAGCGCUGACAAGAUACCAGAUGCUUUUCAGACACAUGUUCUAUUGCAAACAUGUGGAAAGGCAGUUGUGCAACGUUUGGAUCAGCAAUAAGACGGCCAAGCAAUUCUCCCUGCAUUCAGCUAAGUGGUUUGCUGGUGCUUUCACACUGCGGCAGCGGAUGCUGAAUUUUGUACAGAAUAUCCAGUAUUACAUGAUGUUCGAAGUGAUGGAGCCAACAUGGCACAUUCUCGAGAAGAACCUGAAGUUGGCAUCUAAUAUCGACGAUGUCCUGAGCCACCACACGAGCUUCCUGGAUAACUGCUUGAAGGACUGCAUGCUGACCAACCCCGAGCUGCUGAAGAUCUUCUCCAAGCUGAUGUCUGUCUGUGUCAUGUUCACAAACUGCAUGCAGAGGUUCACCCAGAGCAUGAAGCUGGACAGUGAGAUGGACCGGCUCACCUUAGAGCACGGCACGAUGCUGGGCCCGCCAACGGAGGAGGAGCGUGCCGAAGAGACUGCCAAGAAGAAGCUGACUAAUAAGCUUUUAGCAGAGCAUGCUGACAACUUUCACCUGACUUCUGGCUUCGAAGCAACGAUCAACAAGUUUGAUAGCAAUUUCUCAACACAUCUGCUGGACCUGCUGGACAAGCUGAGUGUUUACAGCACCAACGACUGUGAGCACAGCAUGCUCAACAUCAUCUACAGGUCACACAGGGCAUGGCCAACACAGUGUUGAAGACCAAGUCGUGUGCACUCUCAGUACGAGCGCGUCCUGACCCUAGAGUCCUUGAGUCUUGCAAAGAACUCGUGGAGAUCGACCCAUUGUCACCUUAUUCAAGACGUCAACAAUGUCAAGUCCUUGACUGGUCUUUACAUGAUGCAACAGCAAAAGUCCUGCAGGCUUUAGCACGUGUGAUGCCAGACACUGGUGUAAGGUGGUGUCCUCCUUCCAGCACUGCUCCUACACUUAGCGUGAGAGCUUCACCCCUUUCAUCAUGGCCUCCCCACCUUUCUGUCAACUUCAUGCUUCUGCCAGCGUGGUGGGACAAGCUGAUGCUGUGCCGUGGAGAUUGGCUGCGUGUCUUGUUCAGUUGUGGGUGCACGGUGCCGUGGCCAGGAGCUGUCCUCCACCUUUGUGUUUCACAGACAGCACACGGCUGUUAGCUGUGGCAGGAGGUGACUGUGGAACCCCUGGAGCAAAUUCUUCCAAAUAUGGAGAGGUUGCUUUUACAACCGGUACUUCCUGCUUUGGGAGAAAGGAGAAGUGUGGUGAUUCAGGCGGCUUGUGAGAAAACAAAAUGUUUCCAUUAGUGGUUUGCACCGAGCUGCUACCAGCUCUUCAGAAGAAGGUCUGAGUCCUUUGCCCACUGGUAUCUGCAUCCCCUAGUUCCUCUGCAGAGGAAAUACUGGGUCUUUCUGCCAUUAGGGCUGUUGUCCCUGUCAUGUCCCCAGUUUGGACUGUCUGGGACCACGUGAGUCUUCACCAAGACAUUGGACAUGGCUGGACCAUUCCUGACAAACCAAGUGUCCCCACUUCCCUAACUGCAGUGCUGCAUGUUACCAGGCCACACGCAGCGUGUCUUUCCAUUUCUGCAGGCUGCUUGGUAACAUUUUAAAGCGUGGAAGUCCCACCACGAAUGCCCAGACGUGGCAUUUAGCUCUCAUUCAGUCUGUAGAGAUUCUUGGAUUGAGUCCUGGACUCUAUGGCAACAGGAACCCAAGAACCAGAAUGGAGACAGUUGCCAUCUGAAAGAACAUCUUUGACAGAAAGACGGAAGAGUUCAUAAGACAUAACAGUCUUCGUUUAACCUUUUUAUAUGACCGCUUGUCAAGGGUGAUAGUCAAUGUGUAAGAUAGGCUAAAAAACAUCUCUUAGUAUUCAUAAUUCUGGUACUGUGCUGUCAAUGACUGAGCUUAGAGUAAGUCCAGUAGGACAGAUGAAGUGAUGCAAACCCCAGCGAAUAAAAGUUCCAGCCAUAAAAGAAGAAACUGAAGUGUAAGCAGCGUCGGAGGAAGCACCACACAAAUUCUUAAGAGGUGGUUAUCAAAGAUCAUUUAACCCUAAAAGCACAGCUGAAAGGGAAGCCAUAAAAAUAUGCAAUUCGAGGAUUUUGUAAUAAGGCAACUUUAGAAAUGGAACAGAUCCUCAAAGCAAGGAUGUAAGUAAGUCCUGGCCUCAUAUUUGAAUCAAAGUUUGGUAAACGUGCCCGCCUCAGUGUCAGGUUUCCUUCCUACGACACUUAAGGGAUGAAAGAGACGUAAGCUUUUUAACCAGGAGAGAGCAACAGAUAAAUUCCAUCUGUCGAGGCUCUGUUUUCCACAGCCACCAAAAAAUGUCAAGGAACAAUUUGUUGCCGUUUGUGUAAGGUUGUUAAGCAACAUGCAAUUCAAAUAUUGUGCCCAUUCAUUUAGUAUUGGAGCAACUUAAUUUGAGAAAUGCAGAGAGUAACUUUUGUGUGAUUCACACAGCCUUAUACCGACUACUGCCUGGUGUUCCCAAGACACAUUUUUAAGAGCUGCACAUGUCUCAGCUGGGUUCAGAGUGCGGAGAUCUGCCUGAGGAAGAUCAGGGUGGUUUUCUGGCAUCGUUUUGGAUUAUCAGGGAGACAGGAUUGUGACAUUACUGAUGUUGCCCGCUUUGGAGAGGCCUUUACAAGUACCAGCAAUACCUUUGAUCUUGGCUGAGCAUCUUCCAGCUGGUUACUCGUCAUCUUGAAACAUGAAUCUGUUGAAAGGAUGCUUGUGUUAGCAAGGAGGUGGUGGUAAUGGCAACUACAAUGUGGCGUGGAACUUACUGUGGGUAAUAUGGUGGAUUUCGUACAAGAACCAGUACCGGAUUCAGUACCGGAGUUCAGCGGUGCUGAAUGCUGUUACAGAGCGGUGGUGGGAAGUGGCCAGGAAGGUGAGGAGCCCUCAGCCCUGGCACCUUGUCCCCGAGUGACACGUCUCCAGGGUGGUGUGGUCAAGCCGUGGCUCCAGAGAAGAGCUACGAGCAAUUGAUCUUUCCCGAUGUAUUUUGUACGCCCGUAAAGAACAGGGGGAACCUAUCCUGUUUUCAAGGGACACCUGUAACACCGGUGGAACGAAGCAGGUGUCCCCGUUGUGUCCACCCAGCCUGGGACAGUCCUGUGUGGGGAUGGCAGCUCUGGAGCUCCCUGUAGUGUGGCCACAUUCAGCAGAUGCCCUGGGAGAUGUUUCUUCUUGGGGGAACACGGCUGGGUAGGAGCAUGGCUGUGGGCAGUGACUGCGGCUGCUGGCAGGGCCUGUGCUCAGCACGUCCUCCGCUUCUCCCCACAGUGAGAGUUUCACACCCCUCAUUUCAGCCAACCUUCUCCUAGAAUUCAUCUGACCCUAUAAAAGAGUCAAUUUAUUUUUGCAUCUCCUUGCUGCCUGCGAGCACCUCAACGAGCGCGUGGGCUGCAGCUCUUGGAGCCCUCGGCAGCGCGUCGGUGCCGUGUGCCGCUCCCGGGAGGCGGCAAGCCGGCCAGCUGCUGAAACUGAUGGCUUUUUGUCCCUCAGGUUGGACUUCAACGGGUUCUACACAGAGCGCCUGGAGCACAUGUCGGCCGAGCGCAGCCAGAGGACAGCGCCCCUGCUUCCCCGCCUGGCCGUGCCUGCCCAGUGAGGCGCUGCUGCUGCCGCCGCCAUCCUGCUGGGCUGCCGCAUCUUCUGCACCGGCGGAGAACCGGGCACCAAAUCCCUUCCAACUGGGAGUGCUCGGUUGAGCAUUCUCUGCACUCACAGUGCAAGCUGGGAACGAACCGUGAGGCUUGUCGCAGAGAGACGGGGCAAUAUUCAGUCUCCUGAAAUGCAUGUAAUGGGUUUUCUCUUCUGAGAAGCUUUUGUCAAGUCCUUGUUUGUUUGUUUGUUUUACUACAUUGUAAAAUGAUGUAUUUGUGUGUUGUAGAAUAAAUUUAAAGAAACAAAA